AUGUCAAUUAUAAUGUGUUUGAGUUUAGUUCUCUUGAUUUUGGGUUUGGCAUUUGUGGCUUCAAACCCCCCUCCUUAUUUUACUGCAUUAGGUCUUGUAUUAGUUGCUGGGGUAGGUUGUCUUGCUUUAGCAAUUUUAAGUGGUCCUUUUUUCUCUUUGAUCUUGUUUUGAAUCUAUUUAGGUGGUAUAAUGGUUGUUUUUGGGUAUUCGGCAGCGUUAAUUGCUGAGCCUUUUCCUGAAAGUUUGGGGAGUGGUUAUGUGCUGGGUUUAAUAAUUUCUUAUAUGUGUUUAGUAUUUUUUACUGCUGCUAUGGUUUUGCAUUUUUAUGAUGGGCCAUUACAUUUACUAGGUGAGAUUUCUAGUUUUAAUAUAGUUCAAAAGGAUGCAUGGGGAGUAGCGCUCAUAUAUUUAUGUGGUGGGGUCUUAUUGGUAUUAGGGGCUUUAGUAUUACUUCUAGCAUUAUUUGUUGUAUUUAAAUUAACUUGAGGCAUAAGCUUUUCAGUACUACGCCCAGUUUAG